UUUCAUGAAGUUCAUGAAGACUGUUUCAAACCAACAGCAAUAACAACAACAAUAACAAUAACAACAGUAACAAUAGCAACAAUAAAAAUAAAAGCAACAACAGCAGCAAUAGCAACAAUAAAAAUAACAGCAACAACAACAGCAAUUUUCCUGAUGUUUUACCUGUGA